CGGUUGACUUUCCACCAAAAACCACCACGACCCAUGGUGCUGCUUUAACUUGACUUCAACUUCACUUCUCUCUUUCCCUCGACCUCGAGAAAUCAAGAUCCUGUUUCUUUCACCAACAACUGGGAUUCAGCUUAAGUAGACAUUUAUACUUACCUUUGCAAGAAAAGGCCGCGAACCAAAUCUUAAUCCUUGCAUUCAGGGAUAUUCAAGUUCUGUGCUUUGGACCCAAUUGUGUAGUUGGGUUUACCAGAAGAGUUGUGAUCAUGAAGAAUACUGCAUAUGUUGUUGUUCUUGUUUGGAGUUUCUGUUGGUUGCCGCUGAUAUUUGGUUUCACAAAUUCAUACACCACAGCUUCAACUGUUGUGUUUGAGUCUGCAAUUAGUGAAUCUACUGUGAACUAUAAUUAUGAUAGAAUUGAUGAAGUGAAGAAACAUUGUGCUCCUUUUCUAGCUUCUGCUUCUGAUUUGAAACAUGAAGUUAAUAGAGUGUAUAAUAUUGAAGAUCUUUAUUUCGUUAACGGGGAUUGGAGGCAGGAGGUGGGUCAAUCCCCACUACUGCCAUAUAUUGAUCCAGGCAUUCAAAAAAGUAAUUUUUCUGAUUUCAAGACCCCACUGAACUUAGCUUCUUUCUGGAUCAUGGAUGUUGAUCGUUCCCAUCGAUCGAAAAAAUCAGUUAGUGUGAAUGGGUUCUUGGUUAUGGGCACUACCCUAGAUUCAUUCAGGGACAAACCAUAUGAUGGUAGCCCUCACUUUCAGAUAUGGUCUGGUCACACACAGCUUUCCAUUUCAUUUCAAGGGAUAUAUACAGAGUCUAAGAACAAUGGGGGUGAAAGAGUGAUGUGUUUGUUGGGGAGCACCAUGUUGCCUUCCAGAGAGUCCGACUCGAGCAAUCCAUGGGAAUGGGCAAAAGCUAAUUUUAACCAGCCACCUCUUCUGCAAGAUGAUCAGAUUCUGCUUGUUCUUCGUUAUCCAAUGAGUUUUACAUUGACAAGUAGAGUGAUCCAGGGGGAGAUGAAGAGUUUAAACUCCAAGUCAAAUCUUAAGUACUUUGAUGAAGUUCGCAUUUUGUCUCAACUGGGGCAGUCAGUGAAAUACGAGUUUGGCUCUGAAAGCUUGUUUUCCAAAUCGUGUGCUCCAUACCCAUAUAAUGAUAGCUUUGUGAAUGGUGGCAUUGAUAUCUAUAAAGGAACUGGAUUUUGUGAAAUUCUGGGUAUGAUUACUGGAGAAGGAGCUGGGCCUUUCACCAUUGUGCCAAAUUGGAGAUGCAGUGGUACAGAUGCUUAUUGCAGUAAAUUGGGUCCAUUUGUUUCAGACAAGGAGAUCAAGGCCACAGAUGGGAGCUUUAAAGGCGUCAAGCUUGCUAUGCAGAAUGUUAUAUGUGAGCAAAAAGCUGCUCCAGGAAAUGCAAGUUCUGCAAGAGUUGCUGCUGUCUUUCAAGCCAUUCCUCCACUAGAGAAUCAGUAUGCUGUGGCAAUGAGAUCCGGGCUGAGCAACAUGACUGUUGUGGCCGAGGGAAUCUGGAAAUCUUCGACCGGGCAGCUUUGCAUGGUCGGUUGCCUUGGAUUAGUUGACUCAGAUGGAAGUACCUGUGAUUCACGAAUCUGUUUGUACAUUCCUUUGUCAUUUUCCAUAAAGCAACGGAGCAUAAUUUUUGGGAGUUUCUCCAGCACCAGUAGAAUUAAUGACUCAUACUUCCCUUUAUCAUUCGAAAAACUAGUGCAGCCGACAGAGUUGUGGAAUUAUUUUAGGAAUUCCCAUCCAUAUUACAGUUACUCAAAAAUAGAACAAGCUGGUGUUAUCCUGGAAAAAAAUGAGCCCUUCAGUUUUCAGACUGUUGUAAAAAAAUCAUUGCUGCAUUUCCCGAAAGUAGAGGACACAGAGACAUUAAGAACUGGUCUUUCUCUUCUUGCAGAGGAUCUUACCCUCCAUAGGUCUGCCUUUCCUGAUCCACUCCCUCGUUCACAGCCAAAAAUACCAACUCAUUUUCAGAUUGAAAUUCUCUCUCUUGGCCCCAUGUUUGGGCGAUUCUGGAAUGUUUCGUUUGGAGAUGAGGAAACUCUUUUCGAUAGUGAAUCUCAGUAUACCCAAAAACAACUUCUUAUGAAUGUAUCAGCUCAGAUUACACUUGAUGGAGAAGCUUAUAGCAAUUUUUCUGUGCUUUUUCUGGAAGGCCUGUAUGAUCCUCUUGUUGGGAAGAUGUAUCUAGCUGGUUGCAGGGAUGUCCGGGCCUCAUGGAAUAUCUUAUUUGAUAGCAAUGAUCUUGAGGCGGGUUUGGAUUGUUUAAUUGAAGCAAUGGUGUCUUAUCCACCUACUACAGCUCGGUGGCUGGUCAACCCAACAGCUAGGAUUUCCAUUUCAAGCCAACGGGGUGAAGAUGAUCCCCUCUAUUUUAGCACGGUUAAGCUCCAAACUCGUCCUAUUAUGUAUAGGAGGCAGAGGGAAGACAUUCUAUCUCGCGGGGGGGUUGAGGGGAUCCUCCGGAUUUUGACUCUUUCAUUUGCAAUUGCUUGUAUUUCAAGCCAACUAUUCUACAUCAAUCAUGAAGUGGAUUUUGUUCCGUUCAUGUCUCUGGUUAUGCUUGGUGUCCAAGCUCUUGGAUAUAGCCUUCCGCUAAUCACUGGUGCAGAAGCUCUCUUUAAGAGGAAGUCAUCGGAAUCUUAUGAAAGUUCAUCUUAUUAUCUUGAGAAGAAUCAGUGGCUCAAUGUGAUUGAUUACGUGGUGAAACUUCUUGUUAUGGUUGCAUUUCUUGUAACUCUAAGGCUUUGUCAGAAGGUGUGGAAAUCUCGUAUCAGAUUACUUUCAAGAAGCCCCCGUGAACCACAUCGCGUCCCAAGUGAGAAAUGGGUAUUUCUUACUACCUCGACCAUACAUGUGAUUGGGUAUGUAAUUGUGCUCAUCAUUCAUUCUGCAAAAAACAGCCAGAUACCUGUUCAAAUGGUGGAAUACCUUGAUUCAUCAGGCCGUUCCCACACGAUCCGGGAAUGGGAAACCAAACUAGAGGAGUAUGUGGGUCUUGCUCAGGAUUUCUUCUUGCUUCCACAAGUAAUAGGUAAUAUUAUUUGGCAAAUCAAUAGCAAGCCACUGAGGAAACUUUACUUUAUUGGGAUCACAGUUGUCAGACUUCUCCCUCAUUUCUAUGAUUACAUAGAGUCGCCUGUUCGCAAUCCUUACUUUGCUGAGGAAUACGAGUUUGUGAACCCGAAUAUGGAUUUCUACUCCAAGUUUGGGGAUGUUGCCAUACCUGCCACUGCGAUUUUUCUUGCAGUUGCAGUCUAUAUUCAGCAGAAGUGGAAUUAUGAGAAGCUAAGCCAAACUCUCACUAUUGGGCGGCGAAGGCUACUUCCUUUGGGGUCCAGAGCCUAUGAGAGGUUGCCUUCAAAGUCAAUUGAGGCUGAACUUGCUUCUGGUGUCAAUGGAAAUACCAAAUUGGAGACAGAACAUGAAGAUGAAGAAUAAUAUGCCAAAGCCUUCCAUAGAUAACUAACAGAGAGUUUCUAUAAACUUCAUCAACAGUAGCUGCUGUUAUUCAAGGAUUAUCAUCAUGUGACCAUAAUCUUGUUUUGUUUUGAUUUAUUUUCUAUUGAACUUUGUUUUCUUUAUGUCAAAUGGUUACUCGUUUUUGGCUUUCCUGCUAGUUUAUGAGAUAUCAGAAUAGUCAGUCUCUCUUUCCAUAAUGCCAAGAGUUUUAGUAAGCUUUGAUCA